CUUUAUUGAAAGAUUAGACUUUUGAUGAGCCAUACCAUACCCCCAAAAAAAGCAUUCCCUUUCACUCUAUAACUGCUGGCCCAUGUGAACAAUUAAUAUUUCCUUCAUAUUCCUUUCUCAGAUCUACUUUACCAACUUUCAUUAAUCUCAACUCAAACAUAAACCUAGUAUGCUCCUUCCAACCUCACACUACAUCCCUUUCAAUUUCAUCAUGCAAACCCUUCUUCAAUUCUUCAUACCAUUUUUUCUCUUCCAUUUUGUCCCAAUUUCAUCCCAAGUUGACCAACUCAUAUACACAGGAUUUAAGGAUGUUGGUCCUAACAAUAUAACCUUAAAUGGAAUUGCAGAGAUUGAAAAAAAUGGAGUAUUAAGGUUGACAAAUGAAACAAGUAGGUUAAUGGGUCAUGCUUUUUACCCUUUACCUUUUCAACUAAAGAACAAAACAACUGGUAAAGUUUUCUCCUUUUCUUCAUCUUUUGCUAUUGCUGUUGUUCCUGAGUAUCCUAAACUAGGUGGUCAUGGAAUGGCUUUCACAUUGGCACCUUCUAAGAAUCUCAAUGCUUUGCCAAGUCAGUAUCUUGGUCUUCUUAAUUCUAGUGAUGCUGGUAAUUUCACUAACCAUCUUUUUGCUGUUGAGUUUGAUACUGUUCAAGAUUUUGAGUUUGGUGAUAUUAAUGAUAACCAUGUUGGAAUUGACAUUAAUAGUUUGGUGUCAAAUGCUUCUGUUGCUGCGGAAUAUUACACUGAUGAUUCAACUAAACAAAAUCUUAAUAUUAAAGGUGGAAAACCAAUUCUAGUUUGGGUUGAAUAUGACUCUUUGGUUAAUGUUGUUAGUGUUACACUUUCUCCAACUUCAAACAAACCCAAAAAACCAAUUUUGUCUGUUCAUAUGGAUUUGUCACCUAUUCUUCUUGAUACUAUGUAUGUUGGUUUCUCUGCUUCAACUGGUUUACUUGCUAGCUCUCACUAUUUAUUGGGUUGGAGCUUUAAAAUCAAUGGUCCUGCACCAUUUCUUGAUUUGUCUUCAUUACCACAACUUCGACAACCAAAGAAGAAAAACACUUCUUUGAUAACUGGUGUUUCGGUAACCGCUUUGGUAAUUGCAUUGUGUUCUAUAGGAAUUGGUUUUUACCUUUAUAGGAAAAUCAAGAAUGCUGAUGUGAUAGAAGCAUGGGAGCUUGAAGUUGGUCCACAUAGGUAUUCCUAUCAAGAGCUCAAGAAAGCAACAAAAGGUUUCAAGGAGAAAGGGUUACUUGGGCAGGGCGGUUUUGGAAGAGUUUACAAAGGGACAUUGCCGAAUUCAAGGGUACAAGUAGCUGUUAAGAGAGUUUCACAUGAAUCAAAACAAGGGUUGAGAGAAUUUGUGUCGGAAAUCGCUAGCAUAGGCCGGCUUCGACAUCGGAAUUUGGUUCAGUUACUUGGGUGGUGUCGCCGCAAAGGCGACCUACUACUCGUGUACGAUUUCAUGGCUAAUGGAAGCUUAGAAAAGUACUUGUUUGAUAAGACAGAAUUUGUGCUGAGUUGGGAACAAAGGUUUAAGAUUAUAAAGGGUGUCGCUUCGGGUCUUUUAUAUCUACAUGAAGGUUAUGAGCAAGUUGUGAUACAUAGAGAUGUUAAAGCUAGCAAUGUGCUUUUAGAUUUUGAACUCAAUGGAAGAUUAGGUGAUUUUGGUUUGGCUAGGUUGUAUGAACAUGGUGCUAAUCCAGGAACAACAAGAGUUGUUGGAACCUUAGGCUAUUUGGCGCCUGAGUUACCUAGAACUGGAAGAGCAACAACGGGUUCCGAUGUUUUUGCAUUUGGGGCACUUCUUCUUGAAGUUGCUUGUGGAAGAAGGCCUAUUGAACCUAAAGCAUUACAAGAAGAGUUAGUUUUGGUGGAUUGGGUUUGGGAAAGGUUCAAAGAAGGAAGAGCACUUGAAGUAGUUGAUCCUAAAUUAAAUGGUGAUUUUGAUGAAAGUGAGGUGAUUAUGGUGUUGAAAUUAGGAUUGAUAUGUUCAAAUGAUGUUCCUACUAUAAGGCCUAGUAUGAGACAAGUUGUGAGGAUUUUGGAUGGAGAAGUUGAGUUGCCAAAUGAUUUGAGAAAGCCAGGAAGUAUGGAACGACAAGAAGGGUUUGAUGAAUUCUUGCAUUCACUUGCAUCUUCUUCAUUUGAUAAGAUGAGUUCAAGUUCUUAUAUUGGAAAUAGAGAUAUUGAUACUAGUUUGUUCUCUUUUGCUAAUUCACCUCAAUCACUUCUCAAUGUUAGAGGUGAAACAAGGUGACCUCUACAUUGUAAUAAUGAUAUAAAUAUGAGAAGAAGUUUAUUUACAUGAUUCAUGAAAUUUAACAUCUUGUAUUGUAAAAAAAUUUGGACACUAUGAAUGAAAUUGAAAAUUAGUCUGUUUAGGUUGGUAAGUAUUAGAAUUGAUUUUACUUAAUGUAGACUUUGCUUUCAAACUUUGACUUGAUUAAAACUUGUAAAAAGUAUAUUUCCUAUAUUUCCAAUGGAGUA